GGCCGCCGCCGCCAUUUCGGGCGCUGCUGUGAGACUGAGACCCGAGCCGGUCCGCUGGGCGGCGGGCGCCGGGGCUGGAGGGGCGCGCGCGGCGGCGGCCCAGCGUGUAGGCGCCGAGGCGGCCAUGGCGGGCAACUUCGACUCGGAGGAGCGGAGUAGCUGGUACUGGGGGCGGUUGAGCCGGCAGGAGGCGGUGGCGCUGUUGCAGGGCCAGCGGCACGGGGUGUUCCUGGUGCGGGACUCGAGCACCAGCCCCGGGGACUAUGUGCUCAGCGUCUCCGAGAACUCGCGGGUCUCCCACUACAUCAUCAACAGCAGCGGCCCGCGCCCGCCGGUGCCACCGUCGCCCGCCCAGCCUCCGCCGGGGUUGAGUCCCUCCAGACUCCGAAUAGGAGAUCAAGAGUUUGAUUCAUUACCUGCUUUACUGGAAUUCUACAAAAUACACUAUUUGGACACUACAACGUUAAUAGAACCAGUAUCCAGAUCCAGGCAGGGUAGUGGAGUGAUUCUCAGGCAAGAAGAGGCAGAGUAUGUGCGAGCCCUCUUUGACUUUAAUGGGAAUGAUGAAGAAGAUCUUCCCUUUAAGAAAGGAGACAUCCUGAGAAUCCGGGAUAAGCCUGAAGAGCAGUGGUGGAAUGCAGAGGACAGCGAAGGCAAGAGGGGGAUGAUUCCAGUCCCUUACGUGGAGAAGUAUAGACCUGCCUCCGCCUCAGUAUCGGCUCUGAUUGGAGGUAACCAGGAGGGUUCCCACCCACAGCCACUGGGUGGGCCGGAGCCUGGGCCCUAUGCCCAACCCAGCGUCAACACUCCGCUCCCUAACCUCCAGAAUGGGCCCAUUUAUGCCAGGGUAAUCCAGAAGCGAGUCCCUAAUGCCUACGACAAGACAGCCUUGGCUUUGGAGGUCGGUGAGCUGGUAAAGGUUACGAAGAUUAAUGUGAGUGGUCAGUGGGAAGGGGAGUGUAAUGGCAAACGAGGUCACUUCCCAUUCACACAUGUCCGUCUGCUGGAUCAACAGAAUCCCGAUGAGGACUUCAGCUGAGUAUAGCUCAACAAACAGUUUUGCUGACAGAUGGGAACAAUCUCUUCCCCUCCCCACCCCAACCUCAUGCCAUCUAUACAGUUUUCUUACAGAUGUCAAAGCAGUCUAGUUUAUAUAAGCAUUCUGUUACCUGUGAUCUUUUUUAGACUGAACGAUUCCAUCCCUAGUCUCAUUUAAAGUAUUCAGGGUACGAAACUGGAGGGCUGGUGUGUUAACUGAAUUGGCAAUUUUAGGUGAUAGCAGCCGUGCCUGCAUGUCAGAAGGAUAGGUAAGGUCUCCUCCUUUCUCUGUGGCAAUGUGAAGCAACCUGUGGAGAACUGACAGACAGGACAGAAGGGUUGCAUACUGCUUGCCCUGAUUUUUUCAUUGGUUCUGUUUUAUUAUGAAAUCAUACUACCAAAUGGCAAUAGAGUGUUCCCUUCCACCCCUGCGAAGUAGUCAAGCACCGUGUGAAAAGUACCCAGUGGGACUGCUUUUUCAUUUAUAGAACAUGACAUUAUUCUGACAGUUAUGUCAGAAUGACUCAUUCUGACAGUUCAAAUCCUGAGAAUUCUGAGGACACUACUAGAGGCAUUUGUCUUUCUUCCUAGUCAAUGCUUCAUACUUUUUCUUGGAAUUCUUUCAACCCUCUUCUUUUCCAGAAAUCUACAAACAGGUUAAUUCUUAAGAUAAAUGUUUGUUUUCAUUCCAGAUGACAAGCAGGAUGUGCAGAGCACUUUAUUCAGUGCAUAGCUUUAAGCCAGUAUUGGAUUCACUGAGUAGACAGCCAAACUCCCAGCUUUCUGCCUUCCCCCAAGGAGUCAAGUAGGUUCACACUGUCAUGACAGCUACAUAGACUCCUGGCUAAUGGAAUCCAGCAGGGCCUUUUGUCCUGAUUACCAGUAUCCUAUUAGGGGACUCUCUUUGGAGUGGAAGGACCAAUCACUUAAAAUAUUCCAUAAAAGGUUGUAGGGCCAAAUUCUGUCUUUUGCUUUAUUAUGUGAAUUUGGGGUUACGGAGCUAGUGCUUUGAAAAAUGUUUGAACCAAUCAUGAAUUACUUACCUGUUAUUCAUUUUACAUGGCCAGAAUAGUGUUUAAAGUACAUUACAUUAUAAUCUGCCAUUAUUUUUGGCUCUUUAUGUUCAGGUUUAGUUUACAAACCCUUUUAAGUAUGGAAUGGUUUUAAUAGGGUCAGAUGCUCCAAAGAAUAGACAGAAUUCUAAGACCAAAAAUGUUAUAGGCUAUUUAGACUACACAUGAAAUGUUCAGUUAGUUCCCAGUCUAGAAAGACACUUACUGGUCCAUGGUGUGGUAUGACCAAUAGAAACAUCUUUUAUUUUUGCUUUGGGCCUCAUUUUAGAAAAGUAAUGUAUCUUCCUAAUUUUUUUGAAUAGGUUAAUGAUUAAUUUGCAUUCUUUAAGAAUAUCCCAAAUCGUGGUAUCCCAGUGACUGGUAGUAAUUGUAUGCAGGUGUUUCUGUAAGUAAGUGAGGGGCAUGGCAGAAGCUCAUUAUAUGGCACAGGGAAGCCAGCUGGCACAGGAUACAUAUAUUAUCACAGGCAAACUAAUGAGUUGAUGCUAAUUUAAUGUAUUUUUACCUCACACUAAGGUAAUGCUUGAUAAAGACAUUAAUACUCUACUUUUAAAAUGUUAGCACAGUGCUGUGGGUGCUUAGAAAUGUUGAAUGAACAGAUUUGUAAUACUAGGCCUAAUUCCAUCUGACUACUCUUAAAUUUUCGGUUAGAGCAUAAAUACUGUAAAAUCCAAAUGUGCAUUAAUCUUGUUUUCCUUAAAAGUAUGACAUCUAAAAUAUUUGUAGAGAACCUUGUCACAACUGAUUUGACUCUGUAAGUUCUUUUGCCUUUGACUUUGUUGGCUUAUAAUGUCUCUUUUCAUCAUAAUGUACUAUCAGUGGGACAUGCAGCUCUAUGUAAAUCAUAAGAAUUUCUCAGUGAUCAGUUGUCUGAAGCCAUUACAAGAACUGUUGGGUUGGAUUUGGCUGAACGUGACAGUUGAUGGACCUUAAGACAUCAAAGGACUUCUUACAAAUAUCUUCCAAAAAUAAAUCCUAAAAUCCUAUUCAAGUGUGUAUGUGCAAAUGUCACAGAGCAAAGUAAACUGAAAUUGGCUGCUAUAUUUUAUAUAAUCAUUUCUGCAAAAGCCCAAUUUUUGGAUACUAAUAUUUGACAUGGUUAAUUCUUAUUAAUUUGUUGGAAUUGUUUAUUGUUAAUAAUGCAAAUAGAUAAUUUUUAAUUAUCUUUAAGUAACAUUUCACUAUUAAUGGUUUGAAAUGGGUGAUAAGCAAACCAAUUUGAAAUAAAGUAUGAACAUGUGCCAUUGUAUUAUAACACUAUACACUUUCUUGACAGUUAAAUUUUAAAAAAUGUUUUUUUUUUGUAGCAUGUAUUGUAUAUGUUUAUAGUAUAUGUAGUAAAUAAAAAUAUGGCCAAAUGUUUGGCUUGGUGAUCUUUUGAAGAAAGUAAUCUUUGAAUAUUUUUCAUAUGAGAUCUUUUAUUCUUAGGUAAUAGGAGGUGUCUGAUGUCAGUAGCCUACUGUCAUAAUCAGAUAAAAAAUUAUACACCUGGAUAUUCAUUCAAAAUAGAAAUUAAUUGGUAAUAUUCUGAAGUAUCUACGGAAUUCAUGAACUAUUUAUUUGAGGCAACUUAACAUGGUAUAGUUGGAAGGGAAGGCUUGAAUGAUGUGGACAGAGCUUCAAAGUUGGUUAUGUGUGAGUGUAAAUAAAUAAGGAUGUAGUAGGGGUCUUUGUAAAGCAAAUGAGAAGUUUGUUGUUAUACAGUAGGUUUUUAUAAUGUUAGUGUAGAUAUCCAGUGUAAUUUCUCCUUUUUAUGUAAGCAGCAUGUUUCAAGGUAAUUUAAGAAAUACAAAAAGAACGGCUAAGCAUGUUCUUUCCGCCCUUAGAACACAUGUAUAUAUAGACACAUACAUACAGUGUGUGAAUUAUAUAUACACCUAAAAGAUUGAUAUUAUACUCUAUCAAUCUGUGGGUGGUGAAGUUUUAAACUGAAAAGGACAGUCUUUGGAAAUUAUACAGUAUUUUGCCUUACACCCAAAAUAUAUCUAGUUACUGCUGUAGACAGCAGUGUAUCCACCCAGAGUAGUAAUAAAGGAAAUUGUUACAAAGGAUGCCAACUUUGGCAUGCAUAAACUUAACAGCAAGGUGAUUUAAAUAUGUUUCAACUUUAUAUCAAUAAAAAAAUAAACUGCCAAAAUCUUGUUUUAAUGUUUAGUGUUGGGUUCCUUUACAUAGUCUGGUGUGCUCAUACCAACUCUUAAUUUUAUGACCCUUAUCCUCAGAUGAAAUUCUAUUCCUCUUUCAGAUAUGAAGAGAGAAGAAGCCCCCUCCGUAGAAGAAAAUAUGAAAACAGUGCUAAAUUUGGCAGGAGGCUAAGAAUAUUGAGUUCUGCUGCCAUACAUAUCCAGAAGAGAAAGAAGUGGAGAGAUAGGGUAAAGGGAAAACUAUCCAUCAAGAAAUAAGGUUAAAGAAGAGAGCAGUGCUUGAGAGUUCUUUUAAGUUUAGGAUGAGGGCAAGCAGAAGUCAAUGCAUACCAGUACUGACUUCUGGUCUAAGGCAUGCUUCCAGUGUUUUAUGCCCAGCAUAAUACUUAGAUGUUAGACUUGCUUUGGAGUCUAGCAGAUUGAGCACUCAAGUUUUAACCAGCAGUCAAAGGUAAAGGUAAAUUGGUUUGGACAGAGUUUUUUACCUCCCACUCAAAAUAAGUGAGUUGUUUUGGCCCUCCCUGGUAGCGCAGUGGGUUAACGCACAACACUAAGAAGCA